GGACCCCGCCGCUGGGACGAUCUGGGUGUCUUCCUGUCCCCCUGCACGGGACUGAAACGCUUUGACAGCACCGCUGUCCAACUCUGAUCCUUGAUCCAAGAUCUGCUUGUGAUCGUCCUCCCACACCUGAUCCGCUCGGUUCGACCUAAAGAUCAGCACGUUGUCCCAGUCCGAGCUCGUGAAUUUAAUGGAAAGUCAGAGCUGCAUUUCGGGAAUAAGGUACAGAGGUGAUCAGAAGAGGACACACACACACUCCGAAUCAAAAUAAACCCGGGUGUGAAGACCCAGCAGGACAGGGACAACAUGUCUGAGGACAACAAUGCGGAUAAGUUUAUCAAGGAGAGCUCCAUCUUGGAAGAGUACACUAUAAACUGGACCCAGAAGCUUGGAGCUGGAAUCAGUGGCCCUGUAAGGGUGUGUGUGAAGAAGUCAACACAGGAACGGUUAGCCCUGAAGAUCCUGAUCGACAGACCUAAAGCACGCAAUGAGGUAAGACUUCAUAUGAUGUGUGCCUCACACCCGAACAUUGUACGCAUCUUGGAGGUUUAUGCCAACAGUGUGCAGUUUCCUCAUGAAUCCAGUCCACGAGCAAGAUUAUUAAUUGUUAUGGAGAUGAUGGAGGGAGGAGAGCUAUUCCACAGAAUCAGCCAGCACAGGCACUUUACAGAGAAGAUGGCUAGCCAAGUGACUAAACAGAUCGCGCAGGCUCUCGAACACUGUCACUCACUCAACAUUGCACAUCGAGACCUAAAGCCAGAGAACCUGCUGUUCAAGGAUAACUCGCUGGAUGCUCCUGUAAAGUUGUGCGAUUUUGGUUUCGCCAAAAUUGAUCAAGGUGAUUUAAUGACCCCGCAAUUCACUCCUUACUAUGUAGCACCUCAGGUAUUGGAGGCUCAAAGACGCCAUCAGAAGGAAAAGUCUGGAAUAAUACCUACCUCACCAACCCCUUACACAUAUAACAAGAGCUGUGACUUGUGGUCCUUGGGCGUUAUUAUUUAUGUGAUGCUUUGCGGUUAUCCUCCGUUUUAUUCCAAGCAUCACAGCCGCACCAUCCCUAAAGACAUGCGCAAGAAGAUCAUGACGGGCAGCUUUGACUUUCCUGAGGACGAGUGGAGCCAGAUAUCUGAAAUGGCAAAGGACAUUGUUCGCAAGCUGCUGAAGGUGAAGCCUGAAGAAAGGCUAACCAUCGAGGGGGUCUUGGCGCACCCCUGGCUUAAUUGCACUGAGGCCUUGGACAAUGUGCUUCCUUCUGCUCAGAUGAUGAUGGACAAGGCGGUGGUCGCCGGGAUCCAACAAGCCCACGCAGAACAACUGGCCAACAUGAGAAUACAGGACCUUAACGUCAGUCUCAAGCCUCUCAGCUCAGUCAACAACCCUAUACUGAGGAAGAGAAAGCUACUAGGUACAAAGCCUAACGACGGCUUCUUCAUUAAUGACCCUGAAAACGGAGCAGAAGACUCCAACGUGGCUCUGGAAAAACUGCGGGAUGUCAUCGCACAGUGCAUCCUGCCACAGGCUGGAGAGAACGAGGACGAGAAGCUGAACGAGGUGAUGUACGAAGCGUGGCGUUUCAACAGAGACUGCAAGCUGCUCCGUGAUGGCCUGCAAGGGCUCAGCUGGGACGGUAGAAGUUUCUCUGACAAAGUGGAUCGCUUGAAAUUGGCGGAGAUUGUGAAACAGGCAAUAGAAGAAAAAAACAACUUUGAAGACUCCCAAUAGGAAGUUGCUGCAUUUCUAUUUCCUUUUGUACGAUUUUAUUCGAAUUGUUCUUAAGCAAAUAACUGUAAAGUGUAAUUUUAUGUAAAAAAAUUAAGCGCAUAUGCCCCUGUCCCCGUUCCCCCCCAUCGCCCGGACAUGCUCACAAGCCUGCUGUACAGCUCUUUUUUUUUUUUCUUUCUACAGAUGAGUGAGGGGGGGGGAACAUUUCAAAACAUUAUUUUUGUUUUUUGCAAGGAAAAAAGUACUGAGACCCUUUUUGUAAUUCAUUUAAGAGAUUUUGUUUUAACAAAGCUUGCAAGUAUUUAUAAGAAACAGAAAGCUGGUUUACCACAAAACUUAUAAAGGGCAAGUUAAUAUGUGGAGGCUUCUUUAAAAAAAAAAAAAAAAAAGUUUGAGGUAAAGGUCUA